UCUCCGUAGGCUGUAUACACACAGACUCCCUGAAAAGUCAGGUUUGUCGGGUCUGGUUUAUCAGGACAGCGGAGCUGAAGCUGUGCUGGUAUCACCUUCUUUCAUCCACGAAACGCGAAGUCGCCUGAUUAUUAAUGACUUUUGGUGAAAAAAGCCUUCGGAUCGAGCAUACGGCGGAUUUUCAUGUGUUUCACGGGUGGUUUUGAGAUUGAUCUCUGGCACACUUCACAUCCUCGAAGGAGCCACGGAUCGGAGCGUGCUAUGGAUACGUGACGGAUAAACGCAGCUGCAUUGCCACGAGAAACGGACCGUCUGAAGAGAGAUCCACGGUUUCAUCACUGAACCUCUGCGAAAAUCUUAAUUUGCACUUUUUGUGGUAAUUCCACUAGCGAAAAUGUGAGGAUAUGUACCAUGUAUAAGCAUAACAGAAGGCAGUAGCGCAGUAUUGUGAGAUGCAUCUCCAUAUUUCACACAGCACCGGAGCGCAACAUGUAUUUUCUGCGUGAAUCCUGUACGUUAAUGCACAGGAUGCAUUUUAACAGCCUGUAUCAGGCCGAGAUGCGCUCUCCGAUCACGAUCGCGUCUGUUUUCUCGAUUUAAGCUGCCGUUCGGGUUUUAUUUUGCUUAUCACGGGGUGUCAUGCUGAUCUGGGGCGAAACAUCUCGUUCAAUGGUCGCCUCGCUUCCUUCCUGAGUCCUGAUGCUCUUCAUCCAUGCCAGGAUUCACCAUGGAAACCCACCGUGAGCGCUGGUGGACACCGAGACUGGAUCCUGGAUUGGAAACAGAGAGGCUGGCGGAUGUGUAAACAGCUCUUUUUGUCGCCUUCGUGCCAACUUGCUGAGACUUGUCUUUGCAGAUCUCAGAAAAACAAAGGCGUGUAGCUGGGGGCAUUUGUUCGGGAAGCACACCCCAAGUGCUCUAGGCACACUGGUGGUGGCGAUGCCACAAACAUACAUGCAUGCAAGAUCUGAUUCGGUGUCUAAACAUGACAAUCAGGCAUGACAAUCAGUUGGCUGCUUCGGAUCUGAUCUCAAGUUUGGACAUUGACGAACACGUUUCCAGGCAAUGUUUUUCCAGCAUCCGAUGCAUUAAAACCCACACGGAGUGUUAGGGUGUAUGCACACCAGGAAAGUCUGCUAGUUCUCUUGCUUUGGUCCGGACCAAAUACAAUGUUGUUGUUUUUUUGUUUGGUGUGGUUCGCUUUCACACGGCCCUUUUUGCAAGUGAACCAGAAAUUGUAACCAAAACCACACAUGUGCUAAGGUCGUCCAUUCAUCGAUUCAUCCAUUCAACCGUACCAGAGUUCGUUUGGAAGCAGACCACCUCUUCAGCUGGGUCUCGGUACGGUUGUUUGGUCCUCAGCUGAGUGCGAUUGCUGUAUUCACACCUGACCAAAAGAUCUGCACCAAGGGGGGAAACGAACUUGAGCAAAGCCACUAGAAGGCAAGCCUGCCACCUUUAGCCAAAAAAGCAUAUCGGCUGAUGCUAAGGCAGUAUGUGGGGAAGGAAACCAGAGGCCGUUUUUUUUUAAUGCAUGUCAAUGGAGAAGAGGCUUCACUACGCUGAAUAAACAGCUUUUGAGAGGAAACGGCUUAUCAUUUAAUGAAUCCACAGCCUAUCGGCUAAUCCUCAACACGUUUUACACUAAACGGUACUUUUGGAUUGAACUAUUUUUAGAGUUCACCCCGAAAAAAACGCAGUUUUAUAAGAGAAGUCACUGACUUUUUGCAACAGGUGGGAUUUAGCUUACAGCACUUCUCAUUCAUUCCUAUGGGAUCCGUAAACGGCGAUUGAGUGUCGCACAACUCUGACUGAAAUUCAUUGACGUCAAGGCUGUAAUGUAAUUGGUUAUUAAGGCCGACGUGAUACAAGUUAGCCGUUACGCUUUCUCCAAUAGUAAGUAAUACAGACCCUCUCAUCUCUCUAUAGUAAGACUCGAGUUUGAUUCAGUCGAACCAAACAAAACAGGUGUGAAUACACCCUUAGUUUUUAUAGCAUCUUUUACAAUCCAGCACCCCAGAAUGCACCGGAACCGGGCCUUUUCGGAGCCCGAGUAUUCUGCGGAGUAUUCGGCGGACUGUUCAGUCACCCUGCCCUCGGACCCGGGGCAGGCAGUGGGACGCACCCAUGAGGUGACUGUGCGCAGCUCCGGCUGCUGCCUGUGUCUGCCGCGGUUCAUGCGUCUGACCUUCGCGCCGGACUCUCUGGAGAACCUCUACCAGACCUACUUCCGCCGGCAGAGGCACGAGACCCUGCUGGUGCUGGUGGUGUUCGCGGCCCUCUUCGACUGCUACGUCAUUGUGAUGUGCACUGUGCUCUACACGAGCGAUAAGCUGGCGUCUGUGGCCGUGGCGUCGGUGGGGCUGGCAGCGGACGUCCUGCUGUACCUGCUGUGCCGGUUCGGUCUGCUCCCGGACCGUGUGACGCGCCGCCUAGUGCCCUAUGUCUUGUGGGUGCUCAUAGCGGCCCAGAACUUCUGUUACCUAGGACUGAACUUCGCUCGCUUCCAUCAGCCCAGCGACACGGUGGGCUGGCAGGCGUUUUUUAGCUUUUCCUUCUUUCUGACGUUGCCGCUACGGCUGACCCCUAUAGUGCUCAUCACAGCCGUGUCCUGCGGUGUGCACACGCUCGUCCUGGGCGUCACGAUUGCCCAGCAGCAGCAGGAGGACAUUCAGGGGGCGGCUCUUGGAAGACAGUUGCUGGCCAACAUUGUGAUCUACUUCUGUGCCAUCACCGUGGGCGUCAUGUCGUAUUACAUGGCCGACCGCAAACACCGCAAGGCCUUUCUGGAGGCCCGGCAGUCGCUGGAGGUGAAGCUCAACAUGGAGGAGCAAAGUCAGCAGCAGGAGCGUCUCCUGCUGUCCAUCUUACCCAAGCACAUUGCAGACGAGAUGCUUCAGGACAUGAAGAAAGAAGCCAGUCAGAAAGAGAUGCAGCAGUUUAACACCAUGUACAUGUAUCGGCACGAGAACGUCAGUAUUCUGUUCGCAGACAUCGUGGGCUUCACUCAGCUGUCCUCGUUCUGUAGCGCGCAAGAGCUGGUGAAGCUGCUGAACGAAUUGUUUGCCCGUUUCGACAAGCUAGCAGCUAAAUACCACCAGUUGAGGAUCAAGAUUCUGGGCGACUGCUAUUACUGUAUUUGUGGCCUUCCAGAUUACCGUGAUGACCAUGCGGCCUGCUCCAUCAUGAUGGGUUUGGCCAUGGUUGAGGCCAUUUCAUACGUUCGAGAGAAGACGCAGACGGACGUGGACAUGCGUGUCGGGGUGCAUUCUGGGACGGUUUUGGGCGGCGUGCUCGGACAGAAGCGCUGGCAGUAUGACGUGUGGUCGACUGACGUGACGGUGGCUAACAAGAUGGAGGCAGGAGGAAUACCAGGGCGAGUGCACAUCUCCCAGAAUACCCUGGAGUGUCUGCAUGGAGAGUUUGAUGUGGAGCCGGGGAACGGAGGAGACCGCUGCGAGUACCUGAAGGAAAGAGGCAUUGAGACGUACUUGGUGGUGGUGCCCAAGGGACCCGUGGGUAAAAACGGCAUCAACGGGGUAAAGCUUUCAGUGACGUCGUCUAAUGGGAAUUCUCCAUUGCUGAUCAACACUACGGAGUGCAAUGGGAGCGUCCACACGGCCUGUACCACACCGGAGGAGCCGGAGGAGCUGGACACGCGGGUGGUGAACCCCUCGUUUCCAAACCCUCGGCGUCGUUUGCGUCUGCGUGAUCUGGCUGAGAGAGUGAUUGACGCUCAGGAGAACGAACAGGAGCUCAACAAACUCCUCAAUGAAGCGCUGCUGGAGCGCGAGACAGUACAGGCGCUGAAAGGGAAGCACACUAAUCGUCUGUCUCUGCGCUUUACUGAUCCGGAGCUGGAGACGCGCUUCUCGGUGGAGAAGGAGAAGCAGAGCGGAGCGGCGUUUAGCUGCUCGUGUGUGGUGCUGCUCUUCACUGCCAUCAUGGAGGCUCUCAUUGACCCCUGGUUGGUUGCAAACUAUGUGACUCUGGCUGUAGGUGAAGUCUUGCUACUCAUUCUUACUAUCUGUUCGCUGGCAGCUAUUUUCCCAAGGGUAUUUCCAAAGAGACUGGUGUCGUUCUCCACUUGGAUUGAUCACACGCGCUGGGCUCGCAACACUUGGGCCAUGGCGGCCAUCUUCAUAGUCACAAUGGCCGACAUAGUAGAUAUGUUGAGCUGUCGUCCACCAGAGUCGUCCACCAAUGAGGCGACUGCGGUCACUCCGGUCACUCGGGCCGCCAGCGGCUGUUCGGAGAAUCCUAAAUACUACAGCUACAUCGCAGUGCUGGCUCUCAUCGCCACCACCAUGCUGGUGCAGGUCAGUCACAUGGUCAAACUCACCCUCAUGCUGCUGAUCACCGGAGCUACAGGUGUGGUCAACAUCUACAGCUGGAGGGACAUCUUUGACCUGUACGAUCUGACGCGCUUUAAGGAAUACAGAGUUCAUCUUGUGCCCUCCAAAUACACCAUGAGUGUGAUGAUCUUCAUCAUGAUGGUCAGCUUCUACUACUUCUCCCGGCAUGUGGAGAAGCUGGCACGCACUCUGUUCCUGUGGAAGAUUGAAGUGCAUGAGCAGAAGGAGAAGGUGUACGAGAUGCGGCGCUGGAACGAGGCUCUGGUCACUAAUAUGCUUCCGGAGCAUGUCGCCCGGCAUUUCCUGGGCUCCAAGAAGAGGGAUGAGGAGCUCUACAGCCAGUCCUACGAUGAGAUUGGAGUUAUGUUCGCCUCCAUCCCAAACUUCUCUGAUUUCUAUACAGAGGAAAGCAUCAACAAUGGCGGGAUUGAGUGUCUGAGGUUCCUCAAUGAAAUCAUUUCCGAUUUUGAUAGCCUUUUAGACGAGCCGCAGUUUCGCUGUAUAACCAAGAUCAAGACUAUUGGCAGCACCUACAUGGCAGCAUCAGGAGUCACUUCAGACAAUAACACUAACGGUUAUGCUUGUAUGAAGAAAGAAGCGAUUUCAGACCGGGAACGGUGGCAGCACUUGGCAGAUCUUGCUGAUUUUGCUCUGGCCAUGAAAGUCACGUUGAUGAACAUCAAUUACCAGUCCUUCAAUAACUUCAUGCUCCGCAUCGGGUUGAAUAAAGGGGGCGUUUUGGCUGGUGUGAUCGGGGCUCGUAAACCUCAUUUUGACAUCUGGGGAAACACUGUGAAUGUCGCCAGUCGCAUGGAGUCCACAGGGGUGAUGGGAAACAUCCAGGUGGUGGAGGACUGCUACUGCAUCCUGAAGGACUACGGCUUCCGCUUCGUCAGGAGAGGACCCAUAUUCGUCAAGGGGAAAGGAGAGCUGCUCACCUACUUCCUAAAGGGACGUGAAAAACAAGGCUCCUUCAUUAACGGCUCUUUUGUCACCCUGCCGCACCAAGUGGUGGACAGCUCUUGACCGACACGCGCACACACACUGUCUUACACAAAACUCUUGCUCGCGCACACCUCACCUCGUACCUCUUCUGCCGAGUACAUGUGCUCCAGUAAUUAGUACUUUCAAAUGUGUUUUCUCUAUUUAUUAGGCUGAGGGAAGAGAUUUUCUGUUUAUAUGAGAGAAGUACUAUAUAAUAUACAUUUUGGAAGUGUGCACAGAGAUGAAUGAAUGAAAUCAAACAAGCUGAAUGGUUUUAUUAGGUUGCUAAAGAGAUGAACAGGUUGUUUUUAAACUCAAACCGCACCGAAUACAAUGAACUCUACUGUAUAUUACGCACUGUGCUGCUCAAAGGAACCGAUGAAUUACCUAUUUUUGUUCUUCUUUUAUUUGAAAUAAUUUCAUUAUUUAAUCCUUUAUUUAAAGAUUGCCCUGAAAGUCCCUGAUAUAUCUGAAUGUUGUUUGCCAUUGAAAAGCCUUUGCCUCUCAUGAAAGU